AUGGGGUCUCCAAUGGCCUCUUUGGUAGCAACUUUGCUUGUCUUAACAAUCUCUCUCACUUUUGUGUCUCAAUCAACUGCUAACUACUUCUAUUCUGCUCCUCCACCACCGGUUAAGCACUACCAAUACAAAUCCCCACCACCGCCGGUUAAGCACUACUCUCCUCCCCCGGUUUACCACUCCCCACCACCACCAAAGAAGCACUACGAAUACAAAUCCCCUCCUCCUCCGAAACACUACGUCUACAAAUCUCCACCACCACCGGUUAAACACUAUUCUCCCCAUCCAGUUUACCAUUCCCCACCCCCACCUAAAAAACACGACGUCUACAAAUCUCCUCCUCCUCCGGUUAAGCACUAUUCUCCCCCUCCAGUUUACCAUUCCCCACCCCCACCAAAGAAGCAUUACGUCUACAAAUCUCCACCACCACCAGUGAAACACUACUCUCCUCCUCCAGUUUACCAUUCCCCACCACCACCAAAGAAGCACUACGUAUACAAAUCCCCUCCUCCUCCGGUUAAACACUAUUCUCCUCCUCCGGUUUACCAUUCCCCACCACCACCAAAGGAAAAGUACGUAUAUAAAUCACCUCCUCCCCCUCCAGUCCACCACUACUCUCCUCCACACCAUCCUUACCUCUACAAAUCUCCUCCUCCUCCGUACCACUAUUAG